GGCGUGUAGUUCAGUUGUGAGCACGCAAACGUGCUGCAGGGAUUGUAGGUGUACCUCCUCGGGCUUGUGUACCCUUUUCUUGCAGAUAGUGUGCGUGUUCUUUAGAUCUUCUGGUGGCUCUAGCAUUUUUGUGACCGCGGACCGAGUCUUCGCUAGAUUUUGGGCUUAGCAACUAACACGAAGAAAGAAGACUAGUACGAACAGAUGAAGGUGCUGGGUAGAGAGAUCGGAACGGUAUUGGGGGAAGAUCUCACUGCAGCCCACUAGAGCUUUUUUGGCCCUGCCUGUCGCACAACAUCUGCGGUAUCACACGCAGCAACGAAGCUGUUGUUGCCGGGGUAGUUGCUCGGUCCAUUCAAACUCUUCACAGCAGUGUCAUAACUGACUGGAUUACCUCUACACAAAGCACCGCACGUUGCCAUAUCUCCGAACCUCCUACGUCCCCCAGCUAGCCGCCCGCGCGACCUUGUCGAAGGUUGUUAUUCAAUGUUUUGCUAGUGUAGGAUCCAUCGCUGAGGUGUGUUUCUUAUUCCUUCAAUAUUUUCUUUUUGUUCGUGAGAAUGUGAGCCUCUGUUUCUCAACAAAAUAUUUCUGUACUGCGGGCCCGUACUCUGUCGGGCAAUAGUCCAUGCCACACACUUGCCAUCACCAUGACGUCUGCAUGAAGAUUAUUUACUGUUGUCGCAAUGCUGCGUGCUUGCUUUCUGUUUGAGGUCAUGCCGGGCGCCAACGUCCGUGUUUGUCGGUGUUGUCCAUUGAGGGAGCACAUAAUGCUGCGGCAGCGCAAGCGCUGGGUGCGGUAGGUAUCAUGAAUCGCGCAGGGUCCUGCCAUAGACCACAGCGACGCGUGGAUGUUGGACCACGCACAGACGAAGGAAGGCUGACGACUGAGCUGUGGUGGUACCAUAUCCGGGUGCACCCAUGUCUGUAUCACGUUGAGUGAUGCUGCUAGAAGCACUCCCUGGGUCCAAGGAGAUGUUCCAAAUAAUCCAGUAAGGCACGCGAGUGCUGAAAGAGGUAUCGUUGCACCUAUUGCUCUCCAUCGUGGAGAUUCCUCAAACCGGCCUACCCCCGACAUGUAGUACGUUUUCUGAAUGAUGAAACCUACGCCGUUCCGUAUUAGAUCUGCGUGGCGCCGGGGGGUACCCUUAUGGCGUUUCGAUAUUUUGUGUGCGAUCUCAAACCAUUUGCUGAGAGUGCCUACGCAUGCCCAAACCGAUGGUCGCUUCUAAGAACACAGGUCGAUGUGGAUCUUGGUACAUGCCUUACCUCGAUGUUCUACCAUGGGCCUUUCUCCGUUUUUUUCGCAGGGAUGGCGCGUAAACCUGCUGCAGAACAGCGCAAUCAACGAUUAUGGAUGGUUCAAAGACUGCGCGUGCCCUACAUGCAAGACGAAGGGCAAGCAAUCAACCCGCAGAGAGGAAGGGAAUCGAAAUGACCAAACCCAAAGGUCGUCGACGAACGAACGUUUUGCAGCGGGUGCUUACAUUCACUGGGACACCAUGACCCGCUCAUCAGAUUCCAAACUCAUGAAGAGUACCUGCAAAUCGGUCAUGAGGAAUGUUGGUGCCCUGGAUGACAAGGAACUCGAGGAGGAUGACUCGAAGGUCGAGGGUGCGGGUUCGCAGGAAUGUAACGGAAUCUACCGUGCUUGGCCGGAAGAUGCGGCGCGCCCUCCACGAACACCCUACCACGAUCCGGCGGCGACACUCGCUUGUCCCGUGUUGGUCCCGCAGCCGGAAGAUGCGGCGCGCCCUCCACGAACACCCUACCACGAUCCGGCGGCGACACUCGCUUGUCCCGUGUUGGUCCCGCAGCCGGAAGAUGCGGCGCGCCCUCCACGAACACCCUACCACGAUCCGGCGGCGACACUCGCUGGUCCCGUGUUGGUCCCGCAGAGCAGGGAACCUCCGGCCUACUUUCUUGACGAAGAGGGAGGUCGCGCGCUGUCACGAAGGAACACCGGACCCUACCGAAUCGUUGACUGGUACAUCAGGCGAGUGCCACAUGCGGAAAAACUCCGGAGCAGGGGGGGUGGGGGUUGGUCGUGUGCAUGCAAUUGUAGCGUGCCUUUUAGCCGUUGUUCCGCGUCGUGGCGGCUUUUCGUUCUUUUGAAAGAGUGGACGCGGGUGGUUUGCUGAAGCGCGCGGGACAAUGGGUGCUCCAACAGGCCUGUUGAGCUCUGAGCCGUUCUGUGGUGAUAGGAGAUAGCCCGAGGAUUCGUAUUUGAUCGCGGCCACUUGCCUUAGCUUCGUUGUCGAGGCAAUAGCUGACCCGGUGAUGGAGUUGUUUUGAGCGGUUAGGAUGUUUUGCGUUUGAAAGCCUAGUUAGCUCUUUGCGUUUUAAAACAUUCACAUUUUAAUGUCAUGUGAAUGCGGACAUCUUCGACAUCAUGGGUUGAGGAAAAGCGGGCUCCCAUCCCCCGCGACUGUUUACCCUCUGCGCACGCUCUUGAACUGCCAGUAACGAGAAUGCUGCUCACCAAAGCCGAGGCUCGGGGACGGAUCUGUACUGCCAGCCCUACCGUCUGUUUUAUCCCGUGGGUAUACAUACACCUGACUGCUGGCUGGAACACGGUGGGUAUCCGGACGAGCGCUGAUAGUUGAUUCGGCGAGAGUGCCCACCACACUUUGUGCAUUGGCCCAACAUUGCGAGUGUCGAGAAACACCCACAUAACGGUCGUCUGUGGCUCAGUAUGUAUGUAGAAAAGCGGCAAGUCCGCUUCCAUGAACAUGCGAAUGACUUUAGUGACGCACGUGUUCAGGGUGCACCUUACAUAAAAAACCAGCGUGUCAGCGAUGGUUUUGGGUGUUUUUCCACGUUCGUCUGUUUUCUGAGCAGAAAGAAGGUCUUGGUCCGCCAACGACGGUGACACCGCUCUCCUGCGAAGGGUACCUCUGCCCGCCAGGCCAGGAAUACGAGACACUUGAGUGGAAGCUCGCCAAGUGGUUGGGCGACAACGACGUGCGUAAGGGUGCCGAAGUGUAGGUUUCGCCUCCGUUCCAUAUUAUCGGAAGGUUCGAAGAACAACGUAUCACGAAAUGCACCUCGCUAAACCUAUUGCACCAGUACCUCCGGCCGUCCGUUAGCUUGAGGACUUGGGCGGACGUGUUCGGUUCGGGGGAAUUAGGAUUGCGUAAACUCACCUUGAAGUGAGAAUAGUGUGGAAACAAUAGAAAGGUAGAAUAGAAGGUCUCUCUGGUCAGAGGCG